AUGAAUUCUUUGAAUAUCCUCUCGGGGCGAGGGUCUCCCACACAUUCUCCAUCGCUCUCGCGUUCGAAUUCUUUAGGAAAUGUAUUGGCAUCCGCAACUAAAUCAGAAUCUAGAAGGAAUUCGCGAGAAGCUUUGUACGGCCAGAAGCCGGAAGGACUUGAUCAGGAGCAUGCGCCAGACUCGAAUCCAGACGAUGAAAACUCAGUACACGAAUCAACACCUUUGCUAGACAAAGAAGGCACGGCUUAUCAUACAAGUGAGCAUGUGGGAAUAACGAGGAUGUUUUAUGAUUCUAUACGGUGGAUGCUGUCUACUCUUGUUUCGCCGGGAGUAUACGUUAUAGCUUGCCUGUGCGAUGAAAGGGGUAAUUUUGCCCCGAUAUAUCAAUUCAGGAAACUAUUUGGUGGCACCAAUGGGUAUUCAAUAGCACAAACAACUGGAGGAUCGCCUGUUUCCGAGGGCAGUAGUAUAAGCCAUUUGCCCAACGGAAAGCUAUCAUCUGCGCACACACCGUCAUCAAGAGGGCCUGCUUCGCCGAGUUCCUCAUCCUUCGUCUCAUCUGAGUCUGAAUCAGAAAAUGACAGAUUCAUUAGUGAGACAGAUAGCUCCGCAGCGAAAUUGCCAAAUCGACAAACACGUUCCAAGUCCUUACAAAGCACCGACGAGAUUUCACCUGCGAGGAGAUCUAUCCGCAUUAAGCUCCAUAGCGAUGAAAAUUUAAGGCAGCGGAAGCACCGGAAGGCCCAAUCAACCACUACUCAAAGUGAUGGAUCCGGCGGUUCCAUGUCUGCUACUGAGAUGGCUGCUGCAAUUAUGAAGUCGCCAACAUCCACCGCCACGUCCUCUCUCCUCAUGACGAAGUAUCCAAGAGCUCCAGCGCCACCGCGACCUCUCAUACCUCGACGACAGCCAUCGUAUACUCUUGAUCCUCCUGUGGGUAAACUCACACAAAAGACGCUCGUCCUUGAUCUCGACGAAACUUUGAUACACAGUAUGAUUCAUGGAGGUCGGAUGAGUGCUGGUCAUAUGGUUGAAGUACAAAUUACGAACGUUGUGGGCACAGGAGGCGUUGCUCCCCAACAUCCAAUAUUGUAUUAUGUAAAUAAGAGGCCAUAUUGCGAUGACUUCUUGCGACGUGUUUGCAAAUGGUAUAAUUUGGUUGUUUUCACAGCAUCACUCCAAGAUUACGCGGACCCGGUUAUAGAUUGGCUAGAACAAGAGCGUAAAUUCUUUUCAGCACGAUACUAUCGUCAGCACUGCACCUUUCGAAACGGUGCCUACAUCAAGGAUCUCAGUUCUGUCGAGCCAGAUCUUAGUAAAGUCAUGAUUUUAGAUAAUAGCCCUACGAGCUACCUGUUCCAUCAAGACAAUGCAAUACCGAUAGAGGGGUGGAUCAAUGAUCCUACGGAUAAUGAUCUUCUGCAUCUCGUGCCUCUUUUGGAGGGACUUCAAUAUGUGACAGAUGUACGGGCUUUUCUUGCAUUACGUGGUGGAGAGGAUGGGAAGCAUAUGACUUCUUAA